CAUCACCCCCAGGCUGCCACUUGGAAAUGACCUCGUCUCCCCUCAAACUGAGGCCAAGUAAAAAGUUACAGAUGCAGACCAAAGCCGGCCUCCCCACCACCUCCCGGGCCGGUUAUAAACACAAGCAGUGCAGACACCGGCAAGAGGGGGCGGGGAGAAGCAAGUUUGGGGGCGUGUGGAAAGAACUAAGGGGCGGGCAUCCGGAAGUCGGAAGAGCCACGUGGUUUGCUGAAGCUGGAUGUAAACAAGAGGUUCCUGGGAACUGGGGGGACCGGCUUUUGACCAUGAAGUUCUUACAACUCUUUGGAACGGUCAAGCCUAUUGUAAUAGGCAUGGUGCACGUAAAGGCUUUGCCUGGUACUCCAGGCAGCAGAUUGCCAGUGGCACAAAUCAUAGAAGAAGCCUGUCAUGAAGCUGAGAUUUAUAAAAAUGCUGGAAUAGAUGGUAUAAUGGUGGAGAACAUGCAUGAUAUCCCUUACACCUUUAAUACUGGACCAGAAAUCACUGCAACAAUGGCCACAAUUUGUACUGCUGUGAAACAAGCUUGCCCCCACCUUCCACUUGGAGUUCAGAUCCUGUCCUGUGCCAACAACCAGGCUUUGGCGGUUGCUCUGGCAGCAGGCUUAGAUUUUAUCCGAGCAGAAGGCUAUGUGUUCUCUCAUGUUGCUGAUGAAGGUUUUGUAAAUGCUUGCGCUGGAGAUCUACUGAGGUACCGUAAAGCCAUUGGAGCUGAACAUAUUCAGAUUUUUGCAGAUAUUAAAAAGAAACAUAGUUCCCAUGCUGUGACAGCAGACAUGUCUGUGUCAGAGACUGCAAAGGCAGCAGAGUUUUUCCUAGCUGAUGGUUUGAUAUUAACUGGAACUUCAACUGGGCAAGAGGCAGAUCAGAGGGAUCUGAAAGAAUGUGGACAGUCGGUAAGAAUUCCAGUGCUUAUCGGAUCUGGAGUGACUCUAGGAAACAUGGAGAAAUACAUUGAUGCAAAUGGCUUUAUAAUUGGUUCUUAUUUUAAAAAAGAUGGUCACUGGAGCAAUAGUGUCGUCUAUGACAAAGUAUCUUCAUUUAUGGAUAAGGUGAAGAAGCUAAGAAAGUAAAUCUGUAUAGUGUUUCAAGCUUACUAUGAAUUUGAGCAAUUAGUUAAACACUCAGAAGUUACUUGUGUGCCUUGCAAGUGAAUCAGCAAUCAAAACUACCUGAUUACAGAAUAUAAAAUAGUUUUCUAUGCAAAACUUAUUUUUCAGAACCAUUUCUGGUUAAUUAUUUAUAUGAAUAAUAAAGUCAAACACUUUCUUAAUUUUGA